AUGUGGAAGGACACCAGCAUCAAUAUCCUAGGACAGAUGGCCGUUACCGGAGCCUCGUCUCGCUGUACCAACCGCAGAAAGAGGACCAGCUUCUCCAAAGAGCACGUGGAGCUACUACGUGUCACCUUUGAGACAGACCCUUACCCUGGCAUCAGCCUGAGAGAGAGCCUGUCCCAGAAAACAGGGCUACCUGAAUCUCGUAUCCAGGUGUGGUUCCAGAACAGGAGGGCUCGGACUCUGAAGUGUAAGGGAGCUAAGACAUUUCUGUGCCAGUCAGACUCUGGCUUACACUCCCCUGGUGGGUUCACCCCUGUCCAGGAUCCAGUUUCCCAGCCCCGCACCAUGGGGACAGGGGCUACCCAGCACAGCCUUGCCUCUCUGUCCACCCCCCCCUGCCUGCCCCCUGCCUACCCCGCCCAGGUGAAGGAGGAGGAUUACUUUUUCUAUGGACGCUACUUUCCACCCUACCCUGGAGCGGAGGAGACUGGCCACAACACCUCCCAGUUUGGGUUUAGGCAGGCCAAGGUGCUGGGAUACAGCUCCAGCAUGCACCUGAAGAGCCCCGGGCACCAGAUGGUUCAAGGAGCCUGGCCCCAGGCAGUUGACCAGGCGACCCCAGUCCAGUCCAUAUGGAGCCCCUCUCCUCUAGAGGUGAGGAACUACAGCUCAGGCUCCAGCAAGGCCUUCCUCUACCAUCACUCAGCCGAGCAGCAGCCCUUCUACAACAACCCCCAGGAAGCCUAUGGAGGCCCCAUUUCCCAGACCCAGGCCCCAGCCACCCCGGAUUCCGGCUGCUGGGAAGUUGGACAAGAGAACACCCCUCCGAUGGAAGGCCAAGGUUGCCGAUUGGAUGGCUCCUGGAGCAUAGCUAUGUCUACCCCAGAAUACCCAGGACAAGCCCUGCACCAUGCCCCCUUGCCAGAGCUCCCGGCCAUGUCCCUGCAGGAGAUCCUGGGAGAGCUGGAGGGAGAGUGGCAGGAGGGAGAUGGACUGGACAGCCACCCCAAUGGGGACAAACUGGUUUACUGCUGAAGUCUUAUCUCACGCUUCUUUUUUUAACGAUAGACAACCUCUUCAUUGUUAUUAUUAUUAUUGUAGCAUUUUGUAUGUUUGUGGGAGUACGAGAGUGUUUACUGUAUAGCCUGUGUU